CUCGUGUAAACAACAAGUAAAUCAAUGAAAGACGAGUAAAUGACAAGAGAAACAGCCAGGAUAUGCACAUGCCACAUUGUUUCACAUCGACGUGUAUACUCCAGUGGCAUAAGAUCGACUGACGCGUCGAAAGGUACAGCCUAUUGCGCUUGCGUUCAUAUAAAUUAGAGAGUGAAAUGUAAUAUCUAUAUCAUUUUUUUACUACCAGCAAUUUACUUAUGUCGUGAAACGUUUUCUUAUAAUGCACACACUUUCGCAUUAUUUGAUACAUUUACAAUAGCAGGUGUUUCUCGCUGUAUAAGAAAAAUUAUGGCAAAUUACUAAAUAUUCGCUCUUUUCUCGUUUUAACAACAGCAUAUAGAUAGAAACUAUUUUAUAAAAAAGAAGACAUAAAGUGUCUUUGUCAGUAGAUCAGUCCGACAGGUUCCAUUGACAACGUUGCUGCAUCCGUCGCGCAAAAUGGUAUUUGUUGGCAAACGCUGUUUUAAGCUUCAUCGAAUUAUGCUUAUGAUUAUAGGAUUAUGGCCAUAUCAGAAACCAUUUAUCUGGCGAAUACAAUCAGUUUUCUUCUUUAGUACAUACUGCUGCACCUUAUUUUUUCAGUUGUCGACGUUUGUAACGAUGACAUGUAAUAUGGACUGUAUUUUAAAAAGAUUUUCAUAUAUUUGUAUUUGUUGCGUUUACAUUUUGAGUUACUACGCUUUUUAUUUCAAUUCUGAAAUUGUAAAACAGGUAAGGAAAACGUUGCAACAUAUUCAGUUUGAUUGGAAAAUGUUUGAAAACAGCGAUAUAAUGAAUGUUUUUGAAGAAUACCUCUUCGAAGCUUAUAUUUUCGUAUUUUCUGCGUUGAUUUUUGUUAUCCUUUCUGCAAUCAUAUUUACAAUUUUUGAAUGUAGAUCUAUUAUUCUUGAUGUUAUCGCACCAAUAAAUGAAUCCCGACCACGUAAAAUUGAAAUGGAUUUUGAACUUUUCGUCGAUCAAGAGCAGUAUUUCGUUUUGUAUUUAGUACAAGAGAUACUAGGAGGAUUUAUCGGUGGCUGGGCGAUACUUACGGCCGCAACGUUCCUAACUACAGUAAUGAAACACUUUUGUGCAACAUAUAAAAUUGCUAGUUAUUUAAUUCAAAAUACAGUGACAGUACACACGCUACACCUUCCUGUUGCUCAAAGAAUGCAAUUUAUGCAUCGAAGCAUUUGUCUUUCAGUUUAUAUUCAUAAAAGAACUUUGAAGUUCUGCAAAGGCCUCUUUUUUUCGUUUGGUUUGUGGUACUUCCCGUUACUUUUAAUUUGCGUACUGUCUUUAAGUUGCCUUCUAUUUCGUUUGUAUAGUGCUCUAAUGCAAUUCAAUGACCUCCGUGAUAUUAUAAUGUCCUGUGCGAUUUUAUUUUCUUAUUUCGUAUACAUGCUUAUGGCAAAUUUUCUUGCACAAUCUUAUACCGAACACAGUGUUGGACUGUUAAAAUCUACGUAUGAUACUCUUUGGUAUGUAGCGCCAUUACAGAUACAAAAUUUGUUCUUAAUUAUGCAAAAAUCUAUAAGGAGCCAUAAAAUAGUAGUGGGUGGUCUUUUUGUUGCGUCCAUAGAAGGAUUUUCUACGGUAAUAAAUGUUACGUCUGUCUUAACAUGCGUAUUAGCUUGUGUGAAUAUAUUUAAUAGUUCCUGAUAAACAUUUAACAAUUACGAUUAUACGGAGGAGAAUUCUCGUUUCAGCUUGUGACUUCAGCUAUAUCAUAUUUUACUGUUAUGAACGCUAUGCGUUUAUGAGUGACGAAGAAAUAGCGAAGAAGAUAUAGUUAGAGCAACGCUGACAUGCUUUAUAAUUGUUCUUAGAAAGAUAAGUGAUGAAAGCGUUUAAAGAAAGAAAGGAGCUAUCUAUGUUAUACAGAAUGUUUCACAUAAGGGUAAAAACCUUUCGCCCAUAGGUAGAUCUCGUCAAAUUGAAGAGAAAAGUCUUGUACCACUUUGCAAACAACCACCUAAAAUUUUGAGAUAUUAAUGAAAGAAGAUUAGCGAAUCAGUACGCACAUUAGUGCGCCUCGUGCAGCGAGGUCGUUGGUAGGUUAUCACUGAAUGGAGAGGGUGUGGCGCGCCUCAUUGUCAGUGAGCGUGCGACGAUUCGCAAGACCAUGCUACAAAGUACGCUUUCUGGCAGCGCUGCCAAUUCCGUAUUUCCACCCCCGUGAGGAUACAAACGAAACGAAAAGCGGUACAAAUGGAUACAAACGAUUAGGAAACAGCACCCGCUUUCAGAAUUUGAAUAUCUUUAAAACUGGCAAAAUUACCUCUUACACGAUGUUUCAAAAUGUCAUAUUUCCACUCCCGUGAGGGUAGAAACGAAAUGAAAAGCGAUACAAACGGGUACAACGAUACUUAAUCGAAUAGUAUUUGGAAGAUUGCUGUAUCUCAAAAUGAGGUGCUGGUCAUUUUUCAACCCUUUGUAACUUCCACCCCU